GCCGGCGUUAGCCGGUUUGAUAUUCACACGCAUCCUUGUCUCUUGUCGUCGUCGGCAACAGUGAGUACGGCUAUGGCAUCACCACCAAAACCUUGGGAGCGGGGCACAGCAGCAGCAGCCCCAGCAACGACUAUCUCUGCCGCAUCAUCGUCAACUACGACGAGCUUAUCUUCUUCAGAACCCCCUUCAGUGCCUGCUCGUCCUCCAGCUUUCUCCAAUCCAUCUACAUCUACCCUUGCACCAUACAAUUCUUUACAACCAUCAUAUAAUACACCAUAUUCGCCUUACUCACGCUUUGGGUCCACGUACUCCUCACCAUAUGGCUCGAGUAUGUACGGUGGCUAUGGCGGAAUGGGCGGCGGUUACGGUACUGGGUAUGGCGGUUACGGUGGAUAUGGCAUGAACAACAUGAACAGUAUGUACGGUGCAAUGCCAGGAAUGUCCGGAAUGGGUGGAAUGGGCAUGUAUCCUGGUAUGGAUCCCAACAAUCUUUCCCUUUCGCAGACCCUCGAGACUACGACCCAACACACCUUCUCCCUCCUCCACUCUAUCGUCCAGACCUUCUCGGGUGUAGCACAAAUGCUUGAGUCUACAUUUAUGGCGACGCACAGCUCAUUUUUUGCAAUGGUCGGCGUCGUCGAACAGUUUAGCCACCUCCGCAAUGCUUUGGGCAGUGUAUUAGGCCUAUUUGGUCUUAUACGGUGGAUGAAGGAGCUCAUCACGGGCCGUCCCAGUUCUGCAAGCAUACAAGGUGAAUUUAGAGAGUUCAUUAGCGGAAAGCCCGUCAAUGGUCCAAUGGGUCCUCCUCCUGUCAAACCUAGCCGAAAACCCAUCAUUAUAUUUUUGCUCGCUAUCUUUGGCGUUCCAUACGCCAUGACAAAGCUUAUAAAAAUCCUCAACGAACGUGCGAUGCAACAGCAGCAGGCACAAAUUGGUCCUGGUGGUCCCCUAGGUCCCCUUGAUCCGUCGACGCUUACUUUUGCACGAGCACUAUAUCCAUUCACGCCUUCAUCUCCAUCUGAGCUUGCGCUCAAGGAAAAUGAAAUCGUCGCUAUUAUGGGAAAAUUGGAUCCCAGUACUGGUGUGGAGGUAGAUCCACGGUUAGAGGUGGAGAGUGAGUGGUGGAAAGGUCGGACGCGUGAGGGCCACGAAGGCUGGUUCCCGAAGAAGUGGGUCGAGGUCCUUGAGCGGAGGAAACCUGCAGAGGAGGUCAAGAAGGUAGUUUGAGUAUCAGAUUCUCUUUUUGUCCUAUCGCUGCUAUCUUACUUUUUGAUUUCGAUCAUACUGCUUUUCGAUUGACUAUGCAGUGUGUCCCAGAUAUACAGGUCCGGGAUGUACAUCAGCCUUAUACUACUUGAAAACUAUGCAGUCUUCGUGACUGGUAGCUCAAUAACGUGGAAGAUUACCAGGCAGUGUAUGAUUUUGUGGAUCGCUUGAGCGCAGAAGACUUGCCUUUCCCUUCAUUCAAGACCCGCAAGACAAAUCAUUAACGUUCCUACUAUCUCAGAUUAACUCACAGAUCUCCCAUACGGCUCUUGUUCAUCUGAAUCUCAGGAUCGAGAUACCAACCUUUUGUUGUGCGAUGGCGCCAUGUGUAAUGCUCA